AUGUCUGUCCAAGCUGAAUUUGAGGCGAACCAAGCCAAAUUGCAAAAAGAUAGCAAAGAAAUCGAGGAAUGGUGGUCCCAGCCACGUUGGGCCAACACCAAGAGAACAUACACUGCUAAAGAUAUUGCGCUUAGACGUGGAACACUCCCACCGCAUGAAUAUCCAUCCACUGUAAUGUCAAAGAAACUUUUUAACAUCUUAUCAAAACACCAUGCCAACAAGACUGUUUCUCAAACUUUUGGUGCCCUGGAUCCAGUCCAAAUCACACAAAUGUCCAAAUACCUGGAUACUAUCUAUGUUUCUGGUUGGCAAUGUUCCUCUACUGCCUCCACAUCUAAUGAACCAGGUCCAGAUUUGGCUGAUUAUCCAAUGGAUACUGUUCCAAACAAAGUAGAACAUCUGUUCAAAGCUCAGCAAUUCCAUGACCGUAAACAAUGGGAAGAACGAGUUACAGCUAAUAGUGCUGAAAACCUGGCUGCAAAGGGUCCGGCUAUUGAUUACUUGACUCCAAUUAUUGCAGAUGCAGAUGCCGGCCAUGGUGGUUUAACUGCAGUUUACAAAUUGACAAAAAUGUUUAUUGAACGUGGCGCUGCUGGUAUCCACAUGGAAGACCAAACUUCCACUAAUAAGAAAUGUGGUCACAUGGCUGGUAGAUGUGUGAUUCCUGUCCAAGAACAUAUUAACAGAUUGAUUACUAUUAGAAUGUGUGCUGAUGUCAUGAAUUCUGAAUUGAUUGUUGUCGCAAGAACUGAUUCGGAAGCGGCCACCUUAAUUUCUUCUACAAUUGACACUCGUGACCAUUACUUCAUUAUUGGUGCUACUAAUCCAAAAGUAGAAGAGUCCUUGGCUGAAACAUUGGAUAAAGCUAUCAUCAAUGGUGCUACUGCUGAACAAUUACAAUUUAUUGAAAAGAAAUGGAACGAAAAGGCCGGCCUAAAACUAUUCCACGAAGCCUUUGCUGACGAAGUCAACAGCGAUUCCACGUUAUCUGCUGUUGAAAAGAAAUCUUUAAUCGAUCAAUUUAAUUCUAAAGUUGGCCCAUUAAGUGAAAUCUCUCACCAUGACGCAUCCAAACUUGCUCAGCGUUUGAUUGGGCGUGAAAUUUACUUCAAUUGGGACCUACCAAGAGUAAGAGAAGGUUUAUACAGAUAUCGUGGUGGUACCCAAUGUGCAGUGAUGAGAGCUCGCGCAUUUGCUCCAUACGCUGAUCUAGUAUGGAUGGAAUCAAACUACCCAGAUUAUGAACAAGCUGUUGAAUUUGCCGAAGGUAUCAAAGCUAAGUAUCCACACCAGUGGUUGGCUUACAACUUAUCUCCAUCUUUCAACUGGCAAGCUGCCAUGUCUCCUGAAGAACAAUACACAUUUAUUGAUAGAUUGGGUCGAUUGGGUUAUAUCUGGCAGUUCAUUACCUUGGCAGGUCUACAUACUACCGCCUUAGCAAUCAAUAACUUCGCUAAAGAUUUUGCUAGGGACGGUAUGAAAGCAUAUGCUCAAAACGUUCAACAACGUGAAAUGGAUUGUGGUGUUGAUGUAUUAAAACACCAAAAAUGGUCAGGUGCAGAGUACAUAGAUGGUAUUCUAAAACUAGCUCAAGGUGGUGUUUCUGCUACUGCUGCCAUGGGUGAAGGUGUUACCGAAGACCAGUUUAAAAGCAAAUUAUAA